AUAUCUCUCAUAUUUUGUUAUAAUAAUAUUCCUUUCACUAAAAAUACUAAUUUGGCGCAACAAAGAAAAAAAGACAUAAUGGAAUAUGAGUUUGGAGUUGCUGCUCUCACCUUCAUUUUUCUUCUAGCGUCCCUAUUUUGUUACUCAUGGAUAGUACUACUCGGCAACUCAAAAACACGAACAAAGCCACCACUUCCGCCCGGGCCAUACGGCCUUCCGAUUCUCGGAUACCUCCCGUUUCUCAAACACAAGUUACACCACCAGUUCACACAAUUGUCUCACAAGUACGGCCCCAUUUACCGCCUCUGGCUCGGAAGCAAACUCUACGUCGUUGUAAGUUCGCCUUCAUUGAUAAAGCAGAUAGUUCGCGAUCAUGACUCGUUAUUCGCGAACCGGGACCCGCCGGUUUCGGCCCUAAUCGCCACGGGCGGGUACGACAUCGUGUGGACGGCAAACGGUCCCUACUGGCGCGACAUGCGGAAGCUGUUCGUUCGUGAGAUGAUGAGCAACACCAACCUCCAGGCGUCGAACGUUUUCCGCACGGAUGAAGUGCGGAAGCUUAUCGGGAAUCUCGAUACGAAAAUCGGGAGUCCGGUUCAAAUUGGCGAACUCAUUUUCCUGACGGAGCUCCACGUACUGACGAGCUUGCUCUGGGGCGGUGAGAUGGACCCCACGGAGCGUAGCAGGCUUGGAGUUGAGUUUCGGCUUCAUAUUUCGAAAUUGGUUGAUUUGUUUGGAAAGCCUAAUGUUUCCGAUUUUUUUCCGGUUCUCGCCAAGUUUGAUUUUCAGGGAAUCGCAAAAGAAACGAGAGCUGUGGUAGUGGAGGUGGAACGGAUUUUGGAUUGUAUUAUUGAUGCAAAAUUGAAGAUCAUGGCGGCUGGUGGUGCUAUGGAAGGGUGUAAGGACUUUGUGGGAAUUCUUUUGGAGCUCAAGGAUAAGCAACUCGGCGAAACCUCAACUUUCGGUUUAACUCAAAUCAAAGCAAUUUUGAUGGUAAUUUUCUCCACUUUAUCCUUCAUUUCAUUUUCUUGUUGAUUUAAUAUGUUACUU